CGCGCGCGCGCCACCCUGGCGCGGCAGCCCGCCGCCCUCGGCGCGACCUCCGCCCCGCCCCGCGCGCGGCGGCGUCUGGGCCACGUCACGGGCGCGUGCGCUCUCCGCGCGCCGUCCGCGGCGGGGGCGGGGCGUUGCCCGUUCGGCGUCCAGGUUCCCUUGGAGACGGAGCCGGCCAGGGUGGCGGCGGCUGGGCAACGAUGACAGCGGAGCCGCUGGGGAAGCCAAGAUGCCGUCGAAGGGAAAGGACAAAAAGAAAGGCAAGAGCAGAGGCAAAGACACUAAGAAGUUAAUAAAAACAGAUGAAUCUGUGGUGGACAGAGCCAAGGCCAAUGCCUCCCUUUGGGAGGCCAGGUUGGAAGUCACAGAACUCUCUAGGAUUGAGUAUCGUGAUACUUCACGGACACUGGCAAAAAGUAAUGAGGACUUAAAGAAAAAGCAAUGUAAAAUGGAGAAAGACAUAAUGUCAGUAUUAAGUUACCUGAAGAAGCAGGAUCAGGAGAAAGAUAAUAUGAUUGAAAAACUGAAACAGCAAUUAAAUGAAACAAAGGAAAAAGCCCAAGAGGAAAAGGAUAAAUUGGAACAAAAGUAUACCAGGCAAAUCAAUGAACUAGAGGGACAGUUCCAUCAAAAAGCCAAAGAAAUUGGCAUGAUUCACACAGAGCUGAAAGCAGUAAGACAAUUCCAGAGGAGAAAAAUCCAAGUGGAGAGAGAGUUAGAUGAUCUGAAGGAGAAUUUAAGAAACACAGAGCGGAUACAUCAGGAGACUCUUAGAAGACUGGAAAGCAGAUUUUUUGAAGAAAAGCACCGACUAGAACAAGAGGCUGAAAAGAAGAUAAUAAUGCUGGCAGAGAGAGCCCACCAUGAGGCUGUUGUGCAAUUGAACGAUGCUGGAAGAAAUGUUUUUAAAGAGAAUGUUUAUCUCCAGAAAGCCCUGGCAUAUCACCUGAAGGAAGCUGGCGCUCUACAAAAAAACUCCCAGAAGUUGCAAGAGAGUCAUGCUUUACUUUUACAUCAAAAGGAGAUCAAUGAUCUGUUGAUUAAGGAAAAGAUUAUGCAACUUGUCCAGCAGAGAUCACAAAUCCAAACCCUUCAGAAGAAGGUAGUAAACUUGGAGACUGCUCUGGGUUACAUGACCAAAGAGUUUGAGAGUGAAGUUUUAAAACUGCAGCAACACGCAAUGAUAGAGAACCAAGCGGGUCAGGUAGAAAUUGACAAGCUGCAGCACCUUCUUCAGAUGAAGGACAGGGAAAUGAAUCGUGUGAAGAAGCUGGCCAAGAACAUACUGGAUGAGAGAACAGAAGUGGAAAGAUUCUUUUUAGAUGCUCUAUACCAAGUGAAGCAACAGAUCCUAAUUAGCAGGAAGCAUUAUAAGCAGAUAGCACAAGCUGCUUUCAAUUUAAAAAUGAGAGCAGCAUGUGCAAGAAGAACAGAAUAUCCCAAAAUCAGAACAUUUGAUGGCAGAGAGCACAGCACCAAUAGUGUGAAUCAGGAUCUUCUGGAGGCCGAAAAAUGGACACAUAUUGAAGGAAACGUGGAUAUUGGAGAUUUGACCUGGGAGCAGAAGGAAAAAGUCUUGCGAUUGCUCUUUGCAAAAAUGAAUGGCUGUCCUUCUAGGAAAUACAACCAGAGUUCUAAGCCUCCAGUUCCAGACUAUGUUGUUUCUGACAGUGGGGAAACAAAGGAAUUUGGGGAUGAAAGUAAGCUUCAAGAUAAAAUCUUCAUCACCCAGCAAAUUCCAAUAUCAGACUCUUCUGGUAAAGUGGUGCUACCCACUAUUCCAAAAGGACCUCAAGAGUCUGACACAGGAACCUUCUGAGAAGCACUGAUUAUGACCCCACAGAAGCUGCUGGCAGGCCCUUCCUUGCAGAAUCCUUGCUCCUGAAUAUCUUUAAGAAAAUUUCUUAAGGGAAAAGACAAAAAUUUUAACUCAAAAGUUACCUGUUUGCCAUAGAAAUUAGUGUCUCCCCUGAAGGAGGAUCGAGAGCCGGUGAAUGAGAACAUUGGCAAAGGCACUGGAAUGGGGACAUUCACUCCCACCUAAAACAGAACAAAUCCGUGUCAUACCCUAAGGACAAAGGAACUCUCCAUUUAGAAGCACAACGGCAUCAGAGACCAGUUUUAAAUACCCACCUUCCACCCUGUCCUUUACCCCAUGAACUUUCAUUCCUGAGGAAGAAAUGGGGCAAUGUGGGAGGUCAUGGGGGCAAUCUUAAACCAAUGACUCACCAUUAUUUACUUUUUCCUCUUAGGAAAUAGUAAAUGGAUAUAAGAAUCUCUUAAAAAUUCUGUUCACAAACCUGUCCGACAUCCACCAAGUGGGCGUAUUUCCGAGCAGUGGCUCCAUUGGUGGUGAAGAUGGCAGUUCCAUUUCCAUAUGGGUUGUUAUUUACAAUCUGGAUGGCUUCAUCCAAUGUUUCUGUCUCCAGAACCACAAGAACUGGACCAAAAAUCUCCUCUUUGUAACAGGUCAUAUUUGGCUGCCAGGAGUGAUGCAUCCAGAAAAGAAGUCAGCUUUUUGGAUUCUGAGUAUUUUACGCUUAUUUGAUACUUUUAUUUACUACACAUCAUUUACAUGGACAACUUUCAUAUUAGUAAUCUCUUUUCAUUUCAAAUCACUUAUUUUAAAAAAAGUCCUCUCUUAACUGUGUUCCAUCUUCCAAGUUACCAAUCAUAUAAACAACUUGGAAUUCCUAUCAACAAUAACCACACUUCCUUUAAGGGACUGUAUUUUUAGUUCAUGACCCAUCAUUAGCUUCCUUUUUAAUACCUGAACAACUUGUUUCAUCCAAUUGUUAUCAAAAAGUUACAUGAAAAUUUAUUUUUUAUAAAUCCAAUCUAUAUUAAAUAUACCAGGAUAAUUUUUCUCUUUAUACAAACCCAAUGCUGUUUUCUAUAACAUAAACAAUCCAUUCUUAUUCACUCCUUUGCCUCCCAAAAAAGUCUGUAUGUUUAUAUUUUGAUAUCAGGUCAUAGACACUCAAAACAUCCUUCAUCAUGCAAUUAAUGUUUGUUGCUGGUAAACGGAUUUUUCUGUAUGGUUCUGUGGCAAGAGAUUUCAUAAUUUCUACUGCACUUACAUUCAACACUUGAUGAUUCACUAUUAUACUAGGGCUAUCUGAAUUUCAAAAAAACGCCUCAUUACCUCAAUUUUUAAGUCAUGUUAGCUGAGAGACUUACAAAGUUUUGAUAAAUAAAAAUUGACAAGUCAAUUAUUUCUGUCACUUUCAAUAAAUAUCGGGUGCUUGAUAUAUUGAUUGAGACACUGCAGUAGCCAUAAGCUAGGCAGCAAGAGGGACACAGGAGAGAAAACAUUAACAAACCAGUAUAAGAUAAGAUAGUGUUUGGCAAACUAUAGCCUGUGGGCCAAAUGUGGCUUCCUGCCUGUUUUUGUACAGCCCCCAAGUUAAAAAUGGUUUCUGCAUUUUUAAAUGGUUGAAAAAAAUAUUUAAUCAUAUAUUAAAUGAUAUGAAAUUCAAGUAUCAGUGUCCAUAAAUAAAGUUUUAUUGGAACACAGCCACCCAAUGUUUAUGACUGAUCUCACACUACAACAUCAGAGUUUAGUUGCAACAGACACUAUAUCCCUGUAAAGCUGAAAAUAUCCCUUUAUGGAAAGUUUGCAGACUGCUGGUAUAGUGGAAAGAGUUUGGUUAGGAGUUAGAAGGGGAGGCCCAUUCAGACUCCAGAUAAAAUAACUGAUCAAUCCUGGCAAGAGAUGAAGUCUUAGUCAUUAAGUAUUUUGAUUAAUAAAUUAGAGGGAUGAGAUUCGAUAGCCUUUAAGGUACCUUCAGCUCUCAUAUUUGUGAAAUAAAAGUUGUUCACCUUGA